AUGUCUGAUCCCCAAAAAUUUGACUUCGCCGGCAUGACUAUGGCGGAGCUGAAAGAGUUGAUGGCCGCGGCGGUGAUAGCGGAGGAGAAGAAGGCCACUGAGUUGGCUGAGCAGGCGAAGAGGGCGGAAGAGGCAAGAGUUGCUGCGGCGGUGGAGAGGGCAAGGUUAGUGGAGGAGGCACGCAAGGCGGCAGAGGCGCGGAGAUCGGGAGUUUCGGAGGUCGCUUUUCCGGUGGUCGUGUGCCAGCGGUGCGAGGCCACCAGCCGGACAUGUACGUGGGCGCUGGUGUGGGAGGCCCAGGCUAAGUCGAAGAGCAGAGGCAGGGCCAAAGCCAAGGCCUGCGACCAGUGUGUGGGCCUAAAGGCCUCUUGUAAAGUCGACGGAGACGAAUCGCAGCCGGUCGUACCAGGGAAGAGUCAGAAACGAAUGCGGGAACGGGUAGCGGAGUUCGGCGAAAGGACGGAGGAGGAUGCGGGUAGGCCUUCUCGGAGGAGGAGGGUGUAUGGGGAGGAGGAAUCCAUCACGGAGGUCGAUGACCAGGAGUGGGUCAAGGCUGCUAACGAUAUGGUCCUGGUGCAGGCGGAGAUGAACGCAAAGCUGGGGGCCCUCAUGACGGCCAUUACCCGACUCGCCAAGCAGAUGGAGCUCCAACAGACAGAGCAGAAGGAAGAGAGGGACAGGGCCUGGGCGGAAGUCCAGGAGAUCCUUCGCGUGACCAGGAUUGUGCUGGAGAAGGGCUUCCCUGGCCGGGGAAGGCUCCUCAACAAGGUGCUUGGGAAGAAGGCAGAGGUUGGGAUGGAGGCAGUGGAGGUACUAGAGCUUACCAGCUCUUCCAGUAGUGGCGCGGAGAGGCCAGAGGAAGAGGCGGAAAGCAAGGUGGAGAAGGGGCCGGAUGGAGAAGAGUCCAAGUCUCAGCCGAAGCUGGUACCAGAGGAUGUUCAUACUUAUGCCCUUGCUUCUGCUUGGCCUGGCUUCUUCUUUGGUGUCGCCACAUAUUUGUUUGUGAGGAUACCAUACGAAUUCCUCCUGAAGAAACUCCUGUUAUGGUGGUUCUUUCCCAGUAACGAUGGGAACAACAUGGAGAUGUUGGAAAUGGGGAGGAGGGCCUCUUCAGAUGACUUUAAACAUGAUACUCUUCUCAUAAAGAACUCUCCUAACAAUUUCGUCAAGGAGUAUGGAGAUACUAGGACGAUCCGGAGUAGAUGGAGGAGCAAGAUGGAGUUCCCUCCUGAUGGAAGACUUUCCAGGAGGCGGCAGAGCGGAGGAGGAAUAGGAGCAGAGGAGGAGAAGCAGGGCGGAAAUCAGAGGAGGAGUAAUUGGAGCAAAGGAGUAUUGACCGGACAUAAACCGGUGGAGGAGAACAUGGCUAGUCCAGAGUUUUUUAGGGGUUCCGCAGCGAAGCGGAACUUCAUCGGAUGUCGGAGGUCAAUGGCAUUUCCAGCAGUAGAACCCGGAAGAAGGUGUUACUCUAUACCCUAUCGAUCAACGGAUCGUGGCGGGCAAGUAAGCGGUAUUCCUGAGUGGUACCAGGAGAAUCCAAAGGGAGUUGAAUGUCGAGGCAUUCCAGAGGUGACUUGCCAGUCUGGAGUGGCGGAGAAAUCGGAUAUAAUAGGAAACCGGAGAUAA